GCUGUAUAUAAGGAUCGCCUCAGCUUAAGUAAAUCUGUCCCCUGUCCUCUCUCACACUAAUCACAAGACUAUGGGAACCUUCAAAGGGAUCCCACUGUGGAUCCUUCCACUCUUUUUGGGCCAGCUGAAUGCUCAACUGUAUAUUGAGGAAAUAGAGGGGUCAUCAUCUGGUGAAUACCUUAUCCAUGAAACCAUCCAAAACCAUACACUUAGCUUUAUCCCAGCUGUGUACCCAACACCAGUGGUUAAAGCUAUCAACAAAGCUCACAAUAACAAAGUAUGCAGCACUUGGGGGAACUUCAACUUCAAGAAUUUUGAUGGUGAUGUAUUCCGUUUCCCGGGAACCUGCAACUAUGUUUUCUCUUCACAUUGCAAAAGUGAUUAUGAAGACUUCAACAUCCAAAUUCAACGCAGCAUUACCAGCAGCAUCCUAGUGAUCAGUAAAAUCACCAUGAAGAUUAAUGGGUUGGUGGUGCAGGUCAUUGAGAAUAAUGUGCUGGUUGAUGGAAAAGUAGUCCAGCUACCCUACAGUGGUCUUGGUGUUCAGAUUGAGAAACGCGAUGUUUCCCUUAAAGUCAGCAGCAAACUUGGUCUAGUUCUAAUGUUGAAUGAUGAUAACAGUCUCAUGCUGGAGCUGGAUGAAAAGUAUGCUAACCAGACCUGUGGAUUGUGCGGAGACUACAAUGGCAUAUCUAUCCACAAUGAAUUCAUUAACCACGGUGUCCACAUCACAGAAACUCAGUUUGGAAAUCUUCAGAAGCUGGAUGGCCCCACAGAACAGUGCCAAGAUGUGAAACCAGAGCCAAGACGCAACUGUACACGCUUUGAGAACAUCUGUGAAAAUAUCUUAAUGGGUUCCGCCUUUUUAAACUGUCACUCAUUGGUGGAUGUUGAACAAUAUAUGGAAGCCUGUGUACAGGAUCUGUGCCACUGUAAUAGCAAAAUGACUUCCCUCUGUAUGUGUAACACAUUCGCUGAGUAUUCGAGGCAGUGCGCCCAUGCCGGUGGUCAGCCAAGAAACUGGAGAACAAAAGAAUUUUGCUCAGCCCGGAAGUGCCCGUUAAACAUGGAAUACCGAGAAUGUGGCUCAGCAUGCCCUAACACAUGUACCAACCCAGAAAGAGCAGCUCUUUGUGAUUCACAUUGUUUGGAAGGAUGUUACUGCCCUAAAGGAACUGUUUUUGAUGACAUCAACAACAAAGGCUGUAUUCCUGUGGAUAUGUGCCCCUGUAUAACAGCGGGAGAAAUAUACUCUUCUGGAGAAUCUUACUCUACUCCAUGCAGUACCUGGCAAGUGCAUGCUUAAAAUUUAAAUUAAAAAAAAAAAAUCCAUUAAAAAUCAUUUGUUAAUUUAUUUAGCUGUGGGGAUAUAAUAAUAUACAGUAAAUUGUCUUUGUACGUGGCUA